CAGCCGCGCAAAGGCAAGCCGGCUUUGGCGGACGGGAGCCCCGGGAAGCCGGACCGCAGAGGCUGCUUAACGGAAGCGGUGAUGGAGGAGAUCGCCCGCAGGAAUUUGUGCGCGGAGAUUGGGGACAGGCACCGGGGCGAUGGGCCCCACAAGGACGGCAGCAGCUCGGACACAGAGUCGGACUUCUAUGAGGACAUCGACGUGAGCUGCACGCCGGAAAGCAUGGACUACCCCUCGGCUAAGGGUCGAAAUGGGGAAUCGCCUGGUCUGCCAAGCGAUUCCGGUUCUGACCCGGGUAAGAGCGUCCCAGGUCAGAACUCUCUGUCCUACUCGGCGGAUCAGAUUCGCAGGUACCGCACAGCCUUCACCCGGGAGCAGAUCGCGCGGCUGGAGAAGGAAUUUUACCGGGAGAAUUAUGUGUCCAGGCCGAGGAGGUGCGAGCUGGCUGCCGCAUUGAAUCUACCGGAAACUACUAUUAAGGUGUGGUUCCAGAACCGCAGAAUGAAAGACAAGCGUCAACGUCUGGCAAUGACGUGGCCUCACCCCGCCGACCCGGCCUUCUACACGUACAUGAUGAGCCACGCGGCGGCCACGGGGAACCUGCCCUACCCCUUCUCAUCCCACCUGCCGCUGCCCUACUACUCGCACCUGGGGAUGGGAGCCGGCACCACUCCGGCCCCCGCCACUCCUUUCCCCAACGGCCUGCGCUCCCUGGACAGUUUCCGCAUGCUGUCCCACCCCUACCAGAGGCCGGAACUCCUGUGCGCCUUCAGGCACCCGUCCUUGUACCAGAGUCCGGCUCACGGGCUCGGUCCCGGGGGAAGCCCGUGCACUUGCCUGGCUUGUCACUCGGCUCCAUCCGGCGGCCUCUCAUCCAGGGCCCCGGCCGCGGACUUCACCUGUUCCCCAACGAGCAGGACUGAUGCCUUUGUCACUUUUACGCCUUCCGUGUUGAGCAAAGCUUCAUCCGUGACAGUGGACCAGCGGGAGGAGGUGCCACUGACCAGAUAAAACCCUCAAAUCUCCCAUACGCAGCAUAUCGCCUUUAGUACUCUUAUAUUUCACCCAAUUGCAACAGUCUUCAAAUUGGGACCGGACCGUAAGAGCACAACAAAUCAUUUGGGGAACGGUGGCAUAUUUAAAAUAAAAUAUGACAAUUCGUACAUGAGCACACACACACAAAAAAACAUUUCGAUCUGAUGAAAUAUUUCAAUUCCUAAGUUUUUUUUUUUUUAAGGUUAUGCUGUCUUCCACAUCCGUAAAAUGAUGCUUCCAGAGGCUAUUUCUAACAAGGGGUGGGAGGGGAUUUGUGAACGGGGCCGGGGCCGUCUCAUUAGCGGCGGAUGUCAGCCAUGUGCACAUGAAAUUACAGCGUGAUGUAUAUGUAGGAGCCGGUGAAUUUUGAGUGCGGAAUUAAUGAUUACACCAGGAAGAAGGGGAUGGUUGCUGCCGAAAGGUAACAAGGCG